GUGGUCGGGUAUUUUAGGAUAACUUCCGGUUUAGGCGUCGAGCUUCUGUUAGCGUUGUAACAACAGGUUUAGUAGUAUGUUUAUUUGUUGAAACAGUGUACGACCACUAUUAAUUUAAUGGGAUGGACAUUCUGAAAGCUGAGAUCGCCAGGAAGAGGAAACUCCUCGAAGAAAAGCAGCUGGUUGACGACUCCAAGAAAUAUUUCAAGAGGUCUGAUCUUGCACGCAAGGAGCAAGAAGAUUACUUCAGAAGAUGUGGAUAUAAGAUUGAUAAAAAGGAGGAAGAUGAGCCAUCCACCUCAGCUAAUCCAGUGUUAGAACUGGAACUGACAGAAGAGAAGCUGCCAAUGACACUGUCACGACAGGAGGUAAUUCGGCGGCUGAGAGAACGAGGGGAACCAAUCCGACUGUUUGGAGAGUCUGACUAUGAUGCCUUCCAGAGACUCAGAAAGAUUGAGAUUCUGACCCCGGAAGUAAACAAGGGUUUGAGGAAUGAUCUGAAGGCAGCCAUGGAUAAGAUCGACCAGCAGUACCUGAAUGAGAUUGUCGGGGGAACAGAGUCAGGAGAAUUGGACACGCAGCACGACUUGAAAGUGCACGAAGAAAACACCACUAUAGAAGAACUGGAGGCUCUUGGCAAAACCCUGGGAACAGGAGAUGAUCAUGGAGACCAGGAUGUUAUUGACAAGUUUUUGAGGUUUCUUCUUGGUGUUUGGGCCAAAGAUCUGAACAGCCGAGAGGACCACGUGAAGCGCAGUGUUCAGGGCAAGCUGGCCAGCGCCACCCACUCACAGACCGAGUCUUACCUCAAACCUCUCUUCAGGAAGCUCAGGAAGAAGAGUUUACCAGCUGACAUCAAAGAGUCAAUCACAGACAUCAUUAAAUUCAUGUUGGAGAGGGAAUAUGUCAAGGCAAAUGAUGCAUAUCUGCAGAUGGCCAUUGGAAAUGCUCCCUGGCCUAUUGGUGUGACCAUGGUGGGUAUCCAUGCCCGUACUGGGCGAGAAAAGAUCUUCUCCAAACACGUGGCCCACGUUCUCAAUGAUGAGACGCAGAGAAAAUACAUUCAGGGACUGAAGAGGUUGAUGACGAUCUGCCAGAAACACUUCUCAACUGAUCCAUCAAAGUGUGUGGAGUACAACGCUCUUUAAUUUGUAACUCCAACUUAACUUAUAACAAGGCUGUCAGGUCCAUUGUAUCACAAUCUAAAAUAGGAAUUUUUCAUAGCAGCUCAAUUAUGUACUGACUUAAAUGAGGUUGUGGCAGAAAUUUCUCAAAAUCCUGUACACUGAGGGCCCUUAAGUACAUAUUCAUCUGGCUGGGGGUAAUUGUGAGAGAAAACGCAUAAUUUAAACAGAAUUGGGGUGAGUGAGAGAGUAUAUACUCUCUUGAAAGAAUGAUAACAUCACAGAUUUAGCUGGAGAGCACUCAUCAGGCUCAUCAGUCUGGUUUUUGGGAACUACUGGGAAAAACAGGUGCACCUGUCAGACCUUUUUAAUAGUCACACGUCUUUAGUCCUUCUUGAGACCAUGUGUAUUUAUGGAUGCUCUGAGGAGUCAAGGCUAUUUUUGCAGGAAAUACUAAAGUAUCUCAACUUUACUUCCUGCUGUUGUCAAGGCUGUAAAAAGAUAUUCCUUUAGUAUUGGCCAUGUUUUAAAAUUGCAUACAUUUUUCAAAGAUUUAUUUUCAUGAUGUUCCAAGCAAAGUGUCCCUUGAAAGAUCCAAUAGUGUAAGUUUUAUUACACUUGAGAUACAAUUCUGAACCACUGCACAUGCAGUUCUACAUGUGGAUAUUUGAGUUUUCACAUUUUCAGCAGAUAAUGAAACCAACUGUGUCCCUGUACCAUCUUACCAAGAAAAUAAAGUGUUGUUUUAUUAUA